GUGUCAGAACACAAAACAAAGCAUUAGAAUCUACCUCUAUAGAGAGAGAGAGUUGUUCAUAGUUCAUACUUGUCCACCUGGGUCUUUAACAAGUUUUGAAAAUAGUUGGGCAGUGAUUUGGCUCAAAUCUCUCACUCUUUGAAUGUCUCUUCUGCUUUGUAUGUAUUUGCAGAGAGAUGCUCUUUUUCCAUGGACAAAUUUUAGGUAUAAACCAUCUUGUUGUGUUGCUGUUCAUAGUAGAAGACAACACUAGUACAUACAAACACAAGCCAUGGUAACAGAAGAAACAACGACACACACACAUUCCUCAAAAAUGGCUUCUUCUACACCUCCAAAACCAGCCCCAAAUCCAAUCAUUCUCACAUUUCUUUCUUUCCUUCUUUUUUCUUCUCUCACCCCUGUCCUGUCACUAUCCAUUAAGUCAGAUUCCGAUCAACGGCUGCCGGCAAACCAAACUUUCCGGCCAGGUCAGGAGUUGCAGAGGUUGAAGAGAAUAAGAGGGUACCUGAGGAAAAUCAACAAGUCUGCAGUCAAGACCAUUCAGAGUCCUGAUGGUGAUUUGAUAGAUUGUGUUCUAUCUCAUGUUCAACCAGCUUUUGAUCACCCCAAACUCAAAGGACAGAAGCCAUUGGAACCGCCAGAGAGGCCAAAAGGCCUAGACUCCACAAAUGAAAUGACAGAGAGCUUUCAGCUAUGGAGAGAUUCUGGAGAGUCAUGCCCAGAAGGAACUAUUCCAAUAAGAAGAACUACAGAGAAUGAUGUUCUAAGAGCUAGUUCAAUCAGAAGAUAUGGAAGAAAAAUUAGAAGAGGCGUACGCCAUGAUACAAUGAGCAGUGAUCAUGAGCAUGCAGUUGCUUUUGUCAAUGGAGAUCAGUACUAUGGAGCAAAGGCUAGCUUAAAUGUUUGGACACCUCGGGUAACAGAUCAAUAUGAAUUCAGCCUGUCACAAGUAUGGGUCAUCUCUGGCUCCUUUGGUGAUGAUCUUAAUACCAUUGAAGCUGGUUGGCAGGUUAGCCCAGCACUAUAUGGAGACAACUAUCCUAGGUUCUUUACUUAUUGGACAACGGAUGCAUACCAAGCCACUGGAUGCUACAACUUACUAUGCUCAGGUUUUGUCCAAACCAACAAUAAGAUAGCCAUUGGAGCAGCAAUAUCUCCAAGGUCUUCUUUCAAUGGCAGACAAUUUGACAUUGGCAUAAUGAUCUGGAAGGACCCAAAACAUGGACAUUGGUGGCUGGAAUUCGGAUCCGGGUUGCUAAUCGGGUACUGGCCAUCAUUCUUAUUCACCCAUUUACAGAGCCAUGCAAGCAUGGUUCAGUUUGGAGGAGAGAUAGUGAACUCAAGAUCAUUGGGAUAUCACACAUCAACACAAAUGGGCAGUGGUCAUUUUGCAGAUGAAGGGUUUCGAAAAGCAUCUUACUUCAGAAACUUACAGGUUGUUGAUUGGGACAAUAGCUUGAUUCCUCUCUCAAACCUUCAUCUCUUGGCUGAUCAUCCAAAUUGUUAUGACAUAAAAGCAGGUAGGAAUGGUGUAUGGGGAGAUUAUUUUUACUAUGGUGGUCCUGGAAGGAAUGCAAGGUGUUUAUAAAGAAAAUGGCGUAGUGUAGAGAGUAAUUUAUUUUUGUUUCCUCUUCUUUUACCUUUUUUUUUUUUUUUUUUUUUU